CGCAUGCGCAAUGUUUAGAUUUUAGCGCACCUCUCCUACGCAGGGACGUCCGAAUCCAACGAUUUUUUCACAUGAGCCAAUGACAGAGUGUGGUUCCUUCUACGAUACCCAAUCAGGAACUAGAGCGGCUUAAAGCAUUAUGGAAAGAACCGUGAAGAAGGAAAAUGUCAAUGGGAUUUCUAGCAACAUGAAGAGUAUGAAUCCUAUUGAUGGCCCCAAACGUAUCCCAGUUGCCCAGCAGCAAAGCUACCAGAUUCGGCAUGCUGGUCCUAGUCAUCCAGCCCAAAGAAUCUUGGGGCCCUCAAAUGUUCCCCAGAGACUUGUGACGCCUGCUCAAAAACAGAUCUUAUCUAACCAGAAGCAGUUAAAUCCACCAGCAAACAAUCCUACACAGAUGCGACCUACAACCCAAGUGCAGCAGCCAAGCCGACAACAGGUCAAUGAAACCCAGGAAACGGCUCCAACAACCAACCCUGCUGCAAAUCCAGGCAAGAAAGUCAAUCCUGAUCAAGUGAAAAACACAGCACCAAAGGAUGAUCAGAACAAAAAACUGUCUACCAAAGAUGAGGGUAAAAAGAAACAGUGGUGUUUGGAUGACUUUGAAAUAGGACGUCCCUUGGGCAAAGGAAAAUUUGGAAAUGUGUAUCUGGCCCGUGAGAAGCAAAGCAAAUUUAUUUUGGCACUGAAGGUUCUAUUUAAAUCACAGCUAGAAAAGGCUGGUGUAGAACACCAAUUACGACGUGAGGUUGAAAUACAGUCUCAUCUGAGACAUCCCAAUAUUCUCCGGCUCUAUGGCUAUUUUCAUGAUGCAACAAGAGUCUACCUUAUCUUGGACUAUGCCCCACGUGGUGAACUGUAUAGAGAGCUUCAGAGGUGUACCAGGUUUGAUGACCAGAAAACUGCUACUUAUGUUACAGAGCUGGCAGAUGCUCUUCUGUACUGUCAUUCCAAGAAAGUAAUUCACAGAGACAUAAAACCUGAGAACUUGCUACUUGGGUCCAAUGGAGAACUUAAAAUUGCUGACUUUGGUUGGUCAGUUCAUGCCCCAUCUUCAAGGAGGACCACACUGUGUGGUACCCUUGAUUAUCUUCCUCCAGAGAUGAUUGAGGGUCGAACACACGAUGAAACGGUUGAUCUUUGGAGUCUUGGUGUCCUCUGCUACGAGUGUCUUGUAGGAAAGCCACCCUUUGAAGCAGAAACGCAUCAGGAAACUUAUAGGCGAAUCUCCAAGGUUGAAUUCAAUUAUCCCCCCUUUGUAACUGAUGGAGCCAGAGACCUCAUAUCAAAGCUUCUAAAACACAAUCCAAACCAUAGGCUGCCACUGAAGGGUGUUCUUAACCAUCCUUGGAUUGUGCAAAACUCUACAAAGCAUCCCGUACAAAAUGAGGCACUUUCAAACACAGAAGCUCAGCAAUAGUGUUGACCUAAACCCUUUCUCACUGAGAAUGCAUGAUAUUUUGCACCUGCUGAAACCAAGCUACAAAUAUUCAGGGAAUGUGGUCUAUGGAAAUGGCUUGGUGUCUUCACUGGUUUUCAAACAAGUUUGUCCAUGGAGCUUUUUGUUGGGCCCAGGAAACAUUAAAACUUUUGCUGAUGGCUAAGUGUGAGUGAUUGGAAAAGCUUUCACAUGCUUUAUGCCACCAAACUUGUGCUACAGUACCGUGAAUCUUUUUUUAGUUUCGCAGACAGUCUUCAAAUUUUAAUGGCACAGAUUCACCUAGUUUCUUGCAUGUUUACCCACUAAUUGAAACUAUGCUGUAUAUUUUAAUUUUCUGACUAAAUAUUUCUAAACAGAUUAAAAAAACCUAAAUAUAUGCCAAAUAAUGGCUAAAACACUGUUUUAAAACGAUGUUUGAUUGCCAUUGGUGUUUGCAAGAUCUGUCUGAAAGUAUUUAUUGGGCUGCUAACAGCUGUCACCAGCCAGUGCACAGCCGACAAUUGUGAAUGAAUGCGAACUGUGGUCAGACCUAAGUGUAUAUACCUGUUAAUUAUGUAUUUACUUUUAAAUGUCUUGUAACUGUUUAUAUAAAAACUUUUUAAAGUUUAAAUAAAUCUCAUAAAAUAUU